AUGAGGGUGAACAAGAAAUACUCAUGUCUACCUGCUGAGGAGAAGGGGAUCCACAUUAUCAACAUCCGAGCUAUUGAGGAUAUAGGAUAUGACCAGCAUGAGAGUACAUUAUUAAAUUCCCUAUCCAAAAAUCCAGAUGCUGACUGCAAAUAUGGACUCUACUUCAGAGAUGGCAAGAGAAAAGUAGACUACAUCCUAGUUUAUCAUUACAAGAAGUCCUCAGCAGGGAGGACACUCGCCAGGAGAGUUCAUCAUAAUGACGCAAGUGCCCGAAGCGCCAAGCAAGACCAGCCGCUUCCUGGGAAGGGAGUGCAGCUGGAAAUGGGGGAAAGCGAACCUCAUGUGGAUUACCACGAAGACGACAAGAGGUUUCGCCGGGAGGAGUACGAAGGGAACCUCGUGGAGGCUGGUCUGGAACUGGAACGUGAUGAGGAUACUAAAAUCCAUGGGGUUGGAUUUGUAAAAAUACACGCACCGUGGAAUGUAUUGUGUCGAGAGGCAGAAUUUCUUAAGCUCAAGAUGCCCACAAGAAAGAUGUAUCAGAUCAAUCAGACCCAUGGUCUUCUGAAAAAGAUUAACUCUGUAAUUCAAAAAAUAACAGAGCCCAUCCAGCCAAAAGUAGCAGAACACAAACCUCAGACAGUGAAGCGCCUCUCUUACCCCUUCUCCAGAGAGAAACAGCACCUAUUUGAUUUGUCUGACAGAGAUUCCUUCUUUGACAGCAAAACGAGAAGCACUAUAGUUUAUGAAAUAUUGAAAAGAACGACAUGUACCAAAGCAAAAUAUAGCAUGGGGAUCACCAGUCUGCUUGCCAAUGGAGUUUACAGUGCUGCAUAUCCUUUGCAUGAUGGUGACUAUGAAGGUGAAAACGUUGAACCAAAUGACAGAAAACUCCUGUGUGAGGAGUGGGCGAGCUACGGAGUCUUUUACAAAUAUCAGCCAAUUGACCUGGUGAGAAAAUACUUUGGAGAGAAGAUUGGACUAUAUUUUGCCUGGCUGGGAGUUUAUACGCAAAUGCUUAUUCCAGCUUCAAUUGUAGGGAUUAUCGUUUUCCUGUAUGGCUGUGCAACUGUGGAUGAGAAUAUCCCAAGUAUGGAAAUGUGUGACCAGAGAAACAAUAUCACCAUGUGUCCCUUAUGUGACAGAACAUGCAGUUACUGGAAGAUGAGCUCUGCUUGUGCGACUGCUCGUGCAAGUCAUCUGUUUGAUAACCCUGCAACUGUCUUCUUCUCAGUCUUCAUGGCUCUCUGGGCUGCCACCUUUAUGGAACACUGGAAGAGAAAACAGAUGCGUCUCAACUACAGGUGGGACCUGACUGGGUUUGAAGAGGAGGAGGAGGCAGUCAAGGAUCAUCCAAGAGCGGAAUAUGAAGCUAAAGUUUUAGAAAAAUCACUGAGGAAAGAACACAAACAUAAAGAGAAGCAUCGGUAUUUUCCAGAAGAGACAGCAAACAAAUGGAGACAAAGAGUUAAGACAGUCAUGGCUGGGGUGAAAUUGACAGAUAAAGAAAAGCUGACAUGGAAGGAUCGUUUUCCAGCCUAUUUAACCAAUUUUGUUGGCAUUAUCUUCAUGGUUGGGCUGACGUUCGCUAUAGUGUUUGGAGUCAUCAUAUACAGGAUCUCGACUGCAGCGGCGCUGGCCAUCAGCUCAACUCCCUCAGGCCGGUCAAGUGUCAGGGUCACUGUCACUGCCACCGCAGUCAUUAUCAAUUUGGUUGUCAUCAUCAUCCUAGAUGAAGUAUAUGGCUGCAUCGCAAGGUGGCUAACUCAGAUCGAGGUGCCAAAAACUGACAAGAAUUUCGAGGAGCGGCUGAUUUUUAAGGCUUUCCUGCUGCAAUUUGUCAAUGCCUACACACCUAUUUUCUACGUUGCUUUCUUCAAAGGCCGAUUUGUUGGACGUCCAGGAGACUACGUCUACAUUUUCCAUUCCUUCCGAAUGGAAGAGUGUGCUCCAGGUGGUUGCCUAAUGGAGUUAUGUAUCCAGCUCAGUAUUAUCAUGUUGGGCAAGCAGCUGAUUCAGAACAAUUUAUUUGAGAUUGGCAUCCCAAAAAUGAAGAAAUUUAUACGAUACAUGAAAUUAAAGCGUCGACGUUCUUUAGACCAUGAAGAGCACAUGAAAAAAAAGCAGCGUUAUGAAGUGGACUAUAACCUGGAGCCUUUCGCUGGACUUACCCCUGAAUAUAUGGAAAUGAUUAUUCAGUUUGGAUUUGUAACUUUGUUUGUUGCAUCCUUCCCACUGGCGCCUUUGUUUGCUUUGUUGAACAACAUCAUUGAAAUCCGUCUAGAUGCAAAAAAAUUUGUUACUGAGCUGAGGAGACCGGUAGCAGUCAGAGCAAAGGAUAUAGGAAUCUGGUAUAAUAUCCUCAGAGGAAUUGGAAAGCUUGCUGUCAUAAUAAAUGCAUUUGUGAUCUCAUUCACAUCCGACUUCAUUCCACGCCUCGUGUACCUGUAUAUGUACAGUGAGAAUGGCACCAUGCAUGGCUUCGUGAACCAUACACUAUCCUCUUUUAAUGUCAGCGAUUUUCAAGCAGGAACAGCUCCAAAUGACCCCAUGGAUCUUGGCUACGAGGUUCAGAUAUGCAGAUACAAAGAUUAUCGAGAACCCCCUUGGUCCGAAAACAAGUACGACAUUUCAAAGGAUUUCUGGGCUGUCCUAGCAGCGAGAUUAGCAUUUGUGAUAGUUUUCCAGAACUUGGUCAUGUUCAUGAGUGACUUUGUUGACUGGAUUAUCCCAGACAUUCCCAAAGACAUUAGUCAGCAGAUUCAUAAAGAGAAAGUUCUCAUGGUGGAGGUCUUCAUGAGAGAAGAGCAAGGGAAGCUGCAAAUGCUAGAAACCUGGAAAGACAAGGACAAGAAAAAGGGUGAAAACUGUAACAGUCACAGCCCCAGACUCUCCAGGAGCCACAGUGGGAGCUUGUCCUCCUGCCAUUCAUAUCCUCUUGACGUAUAGAAGAGGAGGGAGUUGAGUAUGUCGGGGCAUUCCACUGAUACACAAGCCAUCGCGUAAAGGGCAGGACUCAAUGGACAACCUGGUGCAUGUUGAAGGAUGUGCUGCCAUUUUGCUCCCAUCUUUGUGAGAAAUGCUCUUCUUACAAAUAUGGAGGACCACAUUCUAUUUCUGAUAAUGUUGUUUUUUCUUUUGCACAAGCAGUAAUGCAGGGAAUUUUUAUAUUUCAUCGAUAGAUAAUGCUGUUGACGUUGGUGUG